UUGGCGAGAGCGGCCGCUCUGUGUGUCGUGCGGCAAAGCCGAGCGAAAGUUUGCUCGGCUGCGCCGAUCUUGGCGAGAGGGUAGGGUAGACCGCACAGUCGAGCUCGUCGCUGUCAGGCAGCACUCCCGCUUUGGCGAUGCCUCUCGGCAAGAGCUUCCGCAUCUACCACAAGGUGCGACCGCCGAACCCUUACAGCGUCCUUCUCGAACAGCGGUCCAAGAACGAAACCCUCCUUUUCGAGUCCAGGGCCAUCGCUGUGCUGUCCCAACAAGAAAUGGACACAGUGAAAAAAGAAUACACUAUGCUUCUGGAUGUCCAUGGCUGCCUAGGAGUGCUGCAGCUUACAGCAGGGGACACGGUGGUCCAGUUUCUGGUGCUGGUGACGGGGUGUCAGUCGGUGGGCAAGCUGGGUGCCUCGGAGGUGUUCCGCAUCACAGACACCCUCUUUGUGGCUCUGCGCAACAGCGCCCAGGACCUGGAGAAGGUGCAAGAUGUGCGCAAGGUGCUCAACGCGGGCACCUUCUUCUUCGCGUGGACACCGUCCACUUCGGAGGCGGCCCUCGACCUCACCCUGUGCGCCCAGCGCGCGGUCAUGACCAGCGAGACGGAUAACCGCUUCUUCUGGAACCGUACCCUGCACAUUCCUCUGCUCCGCUACGGUGUCGACUGCAACAAGUGGCUGCUGAAGGCGGUCUGCGGGGGCGUCGAGAUGCGCACCAUCUACCUGGGCCACCAGCAGGCCAAGGCCUGCCUCAUUUCCCGACUCAGCUGCGAGCGAGCUGGCACCCGUUUCAACGUCCGCGGCACCAACGACGACGGCCACGUCGCGAACUUUGUGGAGACCGAACAGGUGAUCUACCUGGAAAACCAGAUCACAUCAUACGUCCAGACGAGGGGCUCUGUGCCGCUAUUUUGGGAACAACCGGGAGUUCAGGUCGGUUCCCACAGAGUCAAAAUGUCCAGAGGCAGUGAGGCAUCCAUGCCAGCGUUUGAAAGGCACAUGUCCAUGAUCAAGGAACGCUAUGGCGACCAAGUCAUCAUAAACCUCCUCGGCUCGAAAGAGGGAGAAACAAUGCUUACACAAAUGUUUCAGCAUCACAUGAAGGCAUCCCGGCGCAAAGCGUCCAUGGUGUCAUUUGAUUAUCACGCGCUGUGCCGUGGCGGCCGGCAAGACAAUCUGAUUCACCUGAAGAACCAGAUCUCGCCGCACCUGACCAGUUUUGGCUGCUUUUACUUUGAUGGCAACGACGUCAUCAUGCGACAGACUGGAACAUUCCGCACAAACUGCCUUGACUGCCUUGACAGAACAAAUUGUGUACAGACAUUUAUUGGCCUUGAGGUUCUGGGCAGCCAGAUAGCCUGCCUGGGCCUUCAGGACAAGCAGCAGGUGGUGUCCAGGUUCGUGGAAGUCUUUCGCCAGAUGUGGGUCCAGAACGGUGACCAAGUCAGCAAGAUCUACGCUGGCACGGGUGCCUUGGAAGGAAAAUCUAAGCUGAAGGACGGAUCCCGGUCGAUGGUGCGCACCAUCCAGAACAACCUGCUGGACAGCAGCAAGCAGGAGGCCAUCGAUGUGUUGGUGCUGGGCAGUGCUAUGUGCAGCGAGCUGGCCGACAGGGCGCGGGCCCUACUGCCCACUGCCAUGCUGCACCUCCCCCCCAGUGUUCUGAGGGCCAUGUGCAGCCGGCAGCUGGAAUACACAAUUCCCCUCAAGGUCCGCGUAACAGUGGCCACGUGGAACGUCAACGGCGGGAAACACUUCAACAGUGUCGUCUUCCGCAACCACCCCAUGUCGGACUGGCUCGUCGACAAUAGCGCUGUUGGCGGCGGAUGCGCCCUCGUGGAUGUCAGCCACCAAGUGGACACCACGCCUGCAGACAUUUACGCCAUUGGCUUUCAGGAAAUUGUGGACCUAAACGCACAGAACAUUGUUAAUGUGAGCUCUUCCAGUCAGAAAGAGUGGAUGGUGGAACUUCAGAAGACCAUCAGCCAGAAGCAAAAAUACGUUCUGCUCACGUCGGCACAAUUGGUCGGGGUCUGCCUUUUCGUCUUUGUGCGGCCUGAGCACGCCCCUUACAUCAGGGACGUGGCAGUGGACACGGUCAAGACGGGCCUGGGCGGAGCGACAGGAAACAAGGGCGGAGUGGCCAUUCGGUUCCUCUUUCACAGCACCUCGUUGUGCUUCGUGUGCGCCCACUUUGCGGCCGGACAGUCCAAAGUGUCUGAACGGAAUGCCGACUACGCUGAGAUUACGCGCAAGGUCACCUUCCCCAUGGGGAGGACGUUGAAUUCCCACGACUACGUCUUCUGGUGCGGGGACUUCAACUAUCGGGUGGACUUGGAGAACGAAGAGGUCAAGGACCUGGUCAAGCAGGGAAACUGGCCGGAGCUGCUGAAGUAUGACCAGCUCAGAGUGCAGCAGCAGCAGGGGCAGGUGUUCAAGAACUUCAUAGAAGGGGAUAUCAACUUUGCACCCACCUACAAGUACGAUCUCUUCUCGGACGAUUAUGACACGAGCGAAAAGUGCCGGGUCCCAGCAUGGACAGACCGGAUACUGUAUCGCAGGCGGCGACUACUUUCAGAGACAGAGGACCCUUUCUGGAGCCCCGGACGUAUUGCGCAUUAUGGUAGAGCUGAACUCAAGACAUCUGAUCACAGGCCCGUGGUUGCCGACAUUGACAUCGAGGUUUCCCAGGUGGAUGAAGCCGUUCGAGAACAGAUUUUCCGAGAGGUCGUAGAACUUAUGGGACCACCGGAUGGCACUGUGGUGGUGCACCUGGAGGAAGAAGGGGCUGCCUUCGAAGACACAUUCCUCACAGCACUUAUCCAGACGUUUGCGACAGUCGGUGAAGUUAUCCUGAUCAGGUACGUAGCUGACAUGCUUUGGGUGACAUUCCUCGAAGGCCAAAGUGCGCUAGCAGCCACGCACCUUUCAGGAACACAGGUGGACGGGCAGCGCAUAGUGGUGACCCUGAAGACCACUAACUGGGCACAGGCAGUGGAACACGAACUGAAACUGUGCUGCAAUAACACAGUUCCCCUGGCAGAGCCCUCAAGCAGAGACGCCGAGGAGGAUGCAGCACCGCUGGAUGGGAACGAUGCCGCACCCGACGAAUGGUCAAACGACUACGAGUGCCACUCGCAGUCUUCAUCGGGCAAGAGCAGCCCUUCGUUCUCCGGAGACGUGGCGCUAGCUCCCGAGGAGUCGGCCGUCCCACCACCCGUGCCCGGUCGGUCAACGCCGACCAUGAACCCACCAGGCAGGCCUCCACCUCCACAGCGGCCACCACCUCCGCAGAGGCCAUUACCACCUCAGCGACCACCUCCUCCACCCGAGCAGGAGGUCAAAGCGUCCGCUGUUCAAGAUCAGACAACGUCUGCUGCUCCCCCAAGGCGUGUCCCUCCACCACGACCUGUGCCGCCACCCAUACGACCUCCGCCACCGGCUACAGAGACGUCGGCCUCCUCCGGUCCACCACCGGACACACCUCCUCCGCCACCUCCACCACCCAGAGUGGACUCGUUUGAAAAGAGUCCCCCAGACACCGCAAAGAACGGCAUUGGAGGUGCUGACGAGGAAGAAGAACCACCCUCGUCCCCCUGGCAGACCCUGCCUCCAGCGCCGCCUCCUCCUACCCAGUCCUUCGUUGCAGACGAACAACUCAGUCAGCAGCAUCCUGUACUCCCAUCAGCCCCACCUCCCUUCUCGCAGGGCCCGCCCUCUCACAUGCCCCCUGCUCCUUCGGCCCCGCCCCCCUCCGGCCCCCCUUCCUCAGCUCCGCCCUCUCUACCCCCACAGUCGGUGCAUUCCAGUCAACAACCAUUGCCACCUGCUCCGGCACAAGCUCCGCCUCCGGUACCGCAGGGUCCACCUCCUGCUCCACCUGCUGCGGUUGAAAGUGCAACUUCUGCCCCGCACAUGGCUCCGCCCACAGGUCCACCCCCGAGCCUGCCGCCGGCCCCGCCGAUACCGUCGAGGCCAAAGGUCAUGGCGCCCGUCAUCAUGCAAGCUGCCGCCGAUGCAAAGCCUCCGCCCAUACCCGCGAGGUCGAAGGCUGGCCCGCCUGUGUUCAACAGGCCUAACAACUGAAACCCCUGAAGAUGCUUGCGUUCGUCAUGUCGAUGACUAAGAUUUGCACCUAGGAGAUGAAGCACUGCUAAAAUAACCUCGCAGAAAGCAUUCCAUUUGCGGGCGUUAGUCGCGAGAGUACGUCGUUUAUGCGUAUGCGGUGGAAACGAAAGGAAAGCGUGCGCAGACGCCGGAAGACACCUAGCAGUACGUGAUAGUCCAACCAACGGAUUCUUCGGCGCUCCAGCAAAGCUGGAGCCACUGUGUAGAUGGCAACGUACUGUACUAGCCGAGAUUCAAUGGCGCAGAGCAACAAUCUUAACGCAAACGACCUCCUGCUUCUCGAGUAAUGUAGGAGCUUAUUCCUUACGUUAUUACGGCAGGGCUCAUCACCAGCCUUUCGAGACCAAACAUUUCUUUUCAUAAUUUCAUCACUGGCUGGCACCUGCGGGAAGGCCAGCCAAGCCAAGUAAUUUAAAAGCGAGCCAAUCUCAUGCAGAGCCCUAAAUGUCAACAAAUAAGUGGUUUGUGAUUCUACGGUAUUUUGCUCUAAUUUACCGCAUUAUGCACGCACACUCAUAUGCCCGCUUUUCAUUGACCUGAGUACGGUUCCGAUUUCAUUAUCCUCAGUUCUUGUAGGGCACAUUCUCGGCACAGAAUUCUGCAUUGGCCAUUUGUAGGUAUCGACAACGGUGGCGCGUUUGCAGUCUCUGAACGCGCUUCUUGACUCCUACCCUUGUGUGUUGCUGCGUCUCUAGUCAUACCAACAUACUUUUUAAGUAGGAACAGUCUGGGACAUGUGUACAUUGGAGUGUCCUCCACCUUAGAUGCCCAGGUGCUCCAUAGUGGGUGUACCUCUUUGUGUGAGAACUCUCCCUCUGCUCCUGUUUACUUUAAUAUUUAUAUUUCCUCGUCAAGUUAUGCACAGUCGCCCGUAAACUGAGCGUGAUGUUUCUUCAUUUCUUGCCUAUGAUAUUCUCGCGGAUACUUUAUCACGAUAAACUGAGUGCGCUAUCUUGCUGUGCUCCAGAGUAUAACUCACAAAUGGAUCUUGUUGCGCAAGAAGAAAAGAAAACACAAGUGUUUCUUUUGCGUGUUUUAUUCUAUGAUGCUCUUUUUACUCUUGCUUUUCUUUUUAGGCGGAUGUUCUGAGUGGAUGUGAGAAAUACCAUUCAACUCGCGGUUAUAAGUGUAGUAGGUGUCACAUUUUCACUUGCCUUAAAGGGACAACAAAGAGAAAGAGAAUGCAUCAUCUACUAAUAGUGAAUCGUGCUUUCACUAUACCAAAAACACCACUUUUGAUGCGACAAGACACAUGAUAAGCUAGAAAAUGCACCCACAGAUGGCGCCACCACCUUGAGGCUCCUGCACCAGCUUACCACGACAUCGUAGACUUUGGCAGCAGCUGCUAGGGCGUACACAACUCUUUGUUGGGGAAAAUGAAUUGCAUCACAUACUGAGGGAGCCAGACGCUUCAGUUUGGAAGUUUCACAAAGUUUUAUUGGGCCAAUGUGGGCCAGUGAAGCCUGUGACUUAAAGGAGUACUGACACGAUUUUAAGACAUCACAAAAGGGACAUUUUUUGUUUCCUUGGUAUGCGGUGUCAACGCUGUCCACACACCGGAAUCGGAGAACACAUAAAAACAUUUUAAUUUGACUGUGAACUUUUCGUCGCUGAGCAUCUGCAAGCCAGCCCCACUGCAAUGGACAUUAUCCCGACGUGUCAACACAGUUCUCCCAAGUUUGCGAGCUCUGCCUCCUGCAUGUAGUCUAAAUCGCAGAAAUAACUGUCGGGGUCAUUGGACGACAAUUCACUCAUCGUUCUUUAUGUGCACAACGAGCAGGUGACGGAUUUGCCGCUAGUAUGUUGCGAGUUUAUGUAUCCCCGUGUCGCCACACAGCUAUGAAACGUCACUGAGAAGCCACCCUCUCGAUAUCAAAACCGAAAGUGUCUUUUUAAUAUAGCAGUAAUUAAAAUAUAUUAGAUGCAUUCCCAGGCACCACAAUACUCGUUUUAGGUUUCUCGACCCCAGUACUUUUUUUUAGAGCAAGAAUCCGAAAAUUUUUAACAUUCGUGUCAGUACACCUUUAAAACCCCAUCGAGCUGCUGGUGGUUUCGGUGCGAAAUUCGAGACUGAAACUUUGACCUCGAUUUUUUUUCUCAUAAUGAGCCUGUGAAGACAGAAUGAAUGACCAUAGAUUUCUCAUCUUCGCUUUGGUGUCCCUUUAAUGUGAAGUGCUUUGACCGUUCUUAACUCACGGUGUCUCUGGGUAGGUGAUAAAUGGUGGCUUGCCUUAAGUUAACUCUCUAGUUGCCCACUGCUGCAGAGUGUAGUGGACUUGUCCUGUUGGCUUCUGCCGUCUGUUUUGUCACUGAUGCGGCCUGUUCGCUUCACGCCAUUUUUUUGGCUGACGCAAAACUACGGCGCGCGCAUUGUCGUUCUUGAGAACAGCAUCUCUAGCGUAGGGUGUCUCGCGGUUAUCUAACGGGAAACUGGCGCUGGAAUCGUUCAGCCAUUAUAGGAAGGAUGAAAUGCAGUGGCUUCAGUCUCAGAGCCAUGCAUCAGUUGCAAUGAAUGACCCCAGUCAUGUCGUCAAUGUCUGUUAAUGAAAUUUAUAUGGAAUCCACGUAUACUCCGUAAUGUUAUAUAGAAAUCAUGCGGAUUUAUUGGUGCGGCUUAUGGAACAGUUUACAGAGCAGCAUAGGGAGCAGUUACCCGAGUCAUAUCUGUCAAUGUCUAUCAAUGGAAUGUAUACGGAAUUCGUAUAUACUUAGUAAAAUUAGACGGAAAUGAUACGGACUUAUUGGAAUGGCAUACAAAACGUUUGCGGAGCAGUUUAGAAGGAUGAAUUACUUGGCAAGUUGUUUAUUCAUUGCUGAAUAAAGAAGCGCUGAAAACUGCGCAACAAUAGAAAAGGUGCUGAAAACACAUAUCGAUAUUGUGUUGUUGCCCGUUUUCUAGUGCUUCCGUACGUAGCAAUCAUUGGACAGUUGUUGCCUUGGCCAAGACGUGUCCGCUUGUUGGAGCAUUGGCUCCACUGACAUUCCCUGUUCAAUGUCUUUUCCUCACAUCAUUGAUUAAUGUUUUCAGGUGGCUUAGAAAAACACUUUUCAUGUGGAGCAUUGGUUAUGAAAUGCUCAGGUACAAGAGCCAAGGUUCAGAGUGUUACAUUGUUGCCAGCGUAAAUCACUACAUUUGCACAUUUGAAGGUUGCGAGUUCAAUCCCCAUUGGCGGGGAGUUGUUUCGUAGUCCACAUAAAUGCAUGUCCUUCGGUACUUUGCAGUCACUUCGCGCUAAAAUGGGGAGCCAAAGCGCUGUUGGUUUACGAUUUCUAGCAUGACUGACCACGCUCUUACAUGGGCGCUGCAACCGCUAAACCCUUUGAAUACACCGAAAACGGUGUACCUUGUGGCUACACUCUGGACAAAAAAAGGCGUAUUUGGGGUGUCUUUCAGCCGCACAACAAUAAUCUGUCUUGCAUGCUUUCCCUGUGUUAUCACUGCCUGCCGAGGACUGCCUGGUCACCACCAGCAUGCAGCUAUCAACGUGACAUAGCACUCUUGAUAGGAAAGUAGCGAGCAUGCAAUCUUUGAGGCAGGAAGUGUAACCAGGCCAUACGAUCGUUGUUGUGCACCAGAAGGACACUCCAAAUACGCCUUUUGUCUUGGGAGUGUAUAUUCUUUGAAGUCGUGGGGGUUCGGUGUAGGCGCUGCAUUUCCUUCUAGGUAACCGCAAGGAGCCCUGCGACCUCUAGUCUUUCGAAAGCAGAAAAUACCCUGCUGUGUGGCGUAUACGUAGUGAUCGUUGUUGAUGGCGUCCUCUGAUUGUUAGCUUUCAGCAAUCGCAAAUACUCGAUGUCUGCCACUUAUUGAAUGUGUCACAUAUGUGCGUCCCUGUCCUGUUAUGUUUGGCAGCGGGUAAUAAUAUAUAGAACGUGUAAUAUACUUCAGCCCCCCCUUGUACACACCGCAUGUAUGCUACUGUAAACGCUUUGUGUAAAUUGUGUGUUUCAGUGAUGCUUCCUCUACCAUAUUCAUGCGGGGUGUGGUGAUGUAAGAUAUCUAAUUUAAAUUACAAAAUUUCAGAGUCACACACUUUUAUUUUCUUUUCUUUCUUCAUGGUCGCUGGGCCACCAAAGGUUGCUGUUGCGGAAUAAAGUGUACUUUAUAUUUUA